AUGCGCAGGUUGUCAAGGCGUCUACAUGCUACUGUUGCGUCCUUCUCUUAUCAACAUCACGGUCUAUUAAGUGUCAGGACUAUCACAUCAAGCACAGAUCGAUAUGAGAGCCGCAUAUUUUCAGGUAUUCAGCCCACAGGUACACCCCAUCUAGGCAACUAUUGUGGAGCUAUUGCCAAGUGGGUGGCACUCCAGGAGGCGACAUCAUUGCAAAAAAAUGCUACAUAUGACGUAGCAUCAGCUUGUACUUCGGAUAAAACUCUUCGACUGUAUUCAGUCGUCGACUUGCACGCACUGACCGUACAAUACAACGCUGAACGUAUGCCUGAUCAGGUGCAUUCUAUGGUUGCUGCCUUACUUGGCACCGGUCUGGAUCCUAGCCGUAACAUUAUUUUUCGCCAGUCUGAUGUCGCUGCACAUGCUGAACUUGCAUGGUUAUUAAGUUGUAUCACACCACUUAGUUGGCUCCAGCGAAUGACUCAAUAUAAACAAAAGACAUCAAUGGCAAAAAACGAGAGCUCACUCGGGUUAUUGGCAUAUCCUGUACUAAUGGCUGCCGAUAUUUUGCUAUAUCGUGCCACGCACGUUCCUGUUGGAGAAGAUCAGCAACAGCACUUGGAGCUUACACGUAUGAUUGCCACAACAUUUAAUAACCGCUUUAAGUCAAACUGUCAAGAUGGAAAGGAUGUGUUUGUGAAGCCACGUGCAUAUAUGGAGACCAAAACGACAAGUUCGGGUGUAUCCAAAGAAUCAUUAGUACGCAUUAUGAACUUGCGGGAUCCAAGCAAGAAAAUGAGCAAGAGUGACGCAUCGCCAUUAAGUCGCAUUGAACUGACGGAUAAUGCUGACGACAUUCGUAAAAAGGUGCGUAAGGCCACGACAGAUGCGAUUGUUGGGAUCUCGUACGACCGCAAGGCAAGACCUGGUGUGUCUAAUUUAUUGGAUCUUGCUAGUGCUAUGACUGGUCAAAGCGUAGCGCAUCUUGAAGCGCAGUACGCCAACUUUGGUACUGGUGUUUUCAAGGAUAUAGUGGCAGAUGCUGUCAUUGCCAAGAUUUGUCCAAUUGGACAGCGUAUCAAGCAGUUUGAAACAGACCACAGUUUUGUGAAUCAAGUUCUAGCGGAUGGCGCGGCGCAGGCUUCCGAACUCGCGGCAUCUACUAUGGCUUGGCAUGACGAUAUCGUUGACGAUUUCAUUAAAGAAUCACCCUGGCCAUUGAUAAAACUUCCACUACUCGCUGGAGGUCCUUAUUAUCGCUUUGGGAAGGCCUUCAUGGAGAACAAGUUACAAUUGCGACAAAGCGUUAUAUAUAUCUUACUUUCAUAUCGCUAA